AUGGAUUCAUUGCUUUAUUCUAUAUUAUCUGAUUGGUAUAUGACUCAAGACCUUCAAAAUGAUGAUAUAGCUGAUAUUGACACAAAUAUUUCAUCACAUAAUAAUAGAGUAAAAAAUAUUAAAACACAGAAAAAGGUCUCGAAAAGUAAAAUACAGCAACUUGCUUUACCUGUAUAA